ACAGAGGAGAGAGAGCGAGGAGGGAAGAUGUUCAUCCACCCAGUAAAGCGUCAGUCCUCGUCCAAUCACAUCUGUUCAGCCCAGCGCGAGGGAGGAGUCAAAGAAAAACCCUGUGGAUACAUGGAGUACAUGUAUAUAAGAGAGGGAGGAAAGUGGGGUGUACAGUCCGGAGAUGGACAGAAACAAGAGGAGAAGAUGACUUUCUGAAGAACUGAACGGAGAAAGAAAGAGACAAAAUAUCACAAACAAGAUGUGAAGACGGAGCAAAAGGACAACAGAACGAUACAGAGAGGACGGAGAGAAAGCUGCAGGGAAAAAAUUACCUGAGAAGACAACAGGACUGAGACAGGACGAUGACCCCAGAGCCCGUGGAGUCCAUCAGGUGCACGGUGUCCGGCUGCAGCUGUCUGUGUUUCAGACCUGGAAGUGCCCAGCUCAGGUCAUGUGACCGUUGUGGACACGGCUGGGUGGCGCACGCCUUGGAGAAGCUCCAGGCCCAGUCUCCCUCCAGCUGCGGCCCAGUGGAGGUGGCUCUACCUGGGCUGGUGUUCGACCUGAGCUCCCUGGUUCUGUAUGGAGCUCAGGCCAUUCCUGUUCGGCUAAAGAUACUUUUGGACCGGCUCUACAGCAUCCUUACCCCAGAGCAGGUCAGCCACAUACUGCACGCGCUGGCCUGGAGUUUGGGGGAUUAUGUUAGAGGGUACAUGCUGAAGGAUCCCAGUGGGAAGGUGUUGGACUGCUGGUUGAUGGUGUCCCCUGAAGAAGAGCCAAUUGUCCUCAAACAGUUCCUUCGCUUUGGCGAAACACGCCCCGUCGUUGAGUUGAUGAUGCUUCAGUGCUUGGCAGCUGCCAAUCACUUUUCUGAUCCAGAGCGAAAUCCAGUCCCAAAGAGCUCACUCACCGAGCGGGACCGGGGAGUUCCAGAACUGUUCAAGAACACCCGAGGAGGAGAAUCACAUUUGGUGCCCGGUGACUACCGCUGUGAGAAAAAGAGCACAGCUAGCCGCAGUGACACUGUUCAUUUCGAAAACUUUCCAGGUGGACAGCUUUAUCCUUUCCACUUUCCAGGCUUUGAUUUCAACUGUUUGGUUCCUUCUACCAAGGAGCUUCUUCCUCCCUCUAAGUUAACCCAGUGCCUACGACAGCCCAGUGGGAACAAACUGGCUAAGAAACAUGGGCAGAAUGGAAGAAGAUUAGGACAAGAGAAUGGUGCAAUUUUACAGCAAACCAAAUGUGAACUGACUUUAGAACUCAAAGCGGACCCCGACGAGCCAAACCUGGCCCAAUCACUAUGGCACCAGAGUCACAAGGGCGUGACCAAACAGGAGAACACCUCUUCACUCUCUUCUUCCUUAAACUCCUCACUUGUCACUUCUUCUUCACUUGAGCUGCCUAUCUUGUCCUCUUCUUCUUCUUCUCUAAGGCUUUCCCAGACAUUCAAAGGCUCCUCUUCCUCCUCUCUCCAUCCUCUCACAUCCAUCUCCUCCUCCUUCCUCUGCCCU